CCGGAUCUGGCCUAUCUGACGGGACGGAGGAGCGAAGCUGGUCUUUAGCUGGUCUGAGAGGAGACUGGUCCGGUUUGGGGCGGGUCUGUAACCGGUGUGACCCGCCGGGAAAGAAAGAAGGAGGGAAAGUUUGCUUCAGCUUCGGUUCACGCCCCGUCAUGUUCAGGUAGAGACCGGCUCCACGGAACCCACCAUGCGGAAGCAUCUGGACAGGAUCCGAUUCCGGGGCCAGAAACGGGACGAGUUCCUGGAUCUGGCGGAGUCGCCCAACACGUCUGACACAGAAUGCACUGAGGAGGGCGCGAUGAAGCCUGAGCUGAGGGAGGCUGACGGAGAGCAGCAGAGUGACGCUCAGGCUGGUCCAGGAUCAUUUUCUGCAGCUCUCCAGGACGACGUGAGGUCAGAUCUCAACGAGGUCAAAGGUCACCUGGAAAUCGCCUUGUUAGAGAAACACUUCUUACAGGAGGAGCUGAGGAAACUCAAAGAGGAGUCCAACGUGGAGUCACUGAGGCAGGAGCUGGAGAAGGAGCGCAGCAGAUGCAGCGAGCUGGAGCAGAAGAUCAACGACGUCUUGAGGUCCAGCUUCGAAGACUCACCUUCUCAGACUCCUAAAGCCCCGCCCCCUCCUCCACCUGCAGCCAGCAGUACAGACAAACAGAAGGACACUCUGUCCGACAGCUUCCUGAAAUGGCUUUACGAUCGUUUUGGCGUUUAUAUCGAGGACUUCCGCUUCCAGCCGGAGGAGCAGACGGUGGAGGCGGAGGAGCCGCUGAGUGCCAAGAGGCUGACUGAAAACAUGAGACGCCUCAAACGAGGAUUCAGACCCGUGACCAACUUCAUGAGGAACCUCUCCGCCUUAUCCAGCUGGUACUCCGUGUACACGUCGGCCAUCGCCUUCAUCGUCUACAUGUAUGCAGCGUGGAACGGCUGGGUCAUCCCCAUGUUCCUGUUCCUCGCUCUCCUCCGCCUCUCCUUGAAUUACCUCAUCGCCAGAGGCUGGAGGAUCCAGUGGAGCAUCGUACCUGAAGUCUCAGAGCCUGUGGAGCCUCCUAAAGAGGACCUGACGGUGUCGGAGAAGUUCCAGCUGGUUCUGGACGUCGCUCAGAGAGCUCAGAAUCUGUUCGGGAAGAUGGCGAACAUCCUGGAGAAAAUAAAGAAUCUGUUCAUGUGGGUUCAGCCUGAGUUGACUCAGAAGCUGUACGUUGGUCUGCUGGUGGCCUUCGUCUCGUCCUGCCUGCUGCCGUACAAACUGCUGGGCUUCAUCGUAGGUGUGUACGCAGGUAUAAAGUUCUUCAUCAUCGACUUCAUCUUUAAGAGCUGUCCCAAGCUGAGGCAGCGCUACGACACGCCCUACAUCGUCUGGACCAACUUACCCACCGACCUGCAGCUGAAGGAGCGCAGCAGCGUCACAGUGAGCAGACGGGCUCCGGCGGCGGCGGGUCGAGGCAGCUUCGGCGCCGCAGCUCCUUUGGGUGUCAGCCGGGACGAGGACGGAGGACGAUACUACAGCACCAAGAGGGGAGCUUUCCACGAAGUCUUCAACCUGCCGGAGAGUGAGCGCCCUCUGACAGUGUGUGAGAACGGCUGGCGCUGCUGCCUCAUCAACAGAGACCGAAGGACACCGACAGACUACAUCCGCAACGGAGUCCUCUACGUCACCGAGCAUUAUCUGUGUUUCGAGAGCUCCAGCUCCCGGUCUGGAUCCUCCAAGAGGAACAAAGUCAUCAAACUCAUCGACAUCACCGACAUCCAGAAGUAUAAAGUUUUGUCUGUGCUGCCUGGAUCUGGGAUGGGGAUCUCCAUAGCGACGCCAUCCACCCAAAAGCCGAUGGUGUUCGGCGCGAUGAUCCACAGAGACGAAGCCUUCGACGCCAUCAACACUCAGUACGUGAAGAUCAAUGCCAAGGCUGCAGCCACCAACCCAGAGACGUAGUGACACCUUCAGCAGACGACUGCCUUCACACGAACACUCGAACUGUUUCACCGGAGUCAGACCUGAACCAGCUUCAGCCAGCUGCAGUCUGAGCUGCUCCUCCUGUGGUCAACGAGUCCGCGUUCGUUCGCCGUAAACUCUCAUGUUAAUGUCUGGUUUGCGUCACCUGCGUGAACGAAGACACGUGGAGGCAGGUGGGGUUACCUGCUCUGCGAUGUCUCACUCAGUGAAUUCACUUUGGUGUACAUUUCCCAUCCAUACUCAAAGCUGUGUUGUUGAGCAUCAACACUGUUUCAACGAUUGUUGCUUCUUUUAUGGCUUCCUGUACAGAUGCGCCACAUUAAAAGCCUUCUAAGGGACAGUCCUUCCUUUACUCGGCUUUUAAUGUGAAAGAGACUGCAGCUGUUUUGCUCUCGUAGAAAAACCAGUGAGGAGAAUUUGAAGUUGACAGUUUCUGCUCAGCUGAACCAACACCCCGUCACCCGCUGCUCACCGGUCAGCUGGGUCAUGUGACUGGUGGCUCUUAUUAGAAAAAGCUAAAUAAUGAGUUGCAUGACUUAACAUGAAAAUUUAUGACUUUGGCGGCUACACGAGGUUGUAUCAAAAAUGAGAUUUGCCCACUUCUGAGUCCACGAUCACAGCAACACAGAGCUUAAAUGAUUAGGUGCAACUUUUCAUUAAUGCUGAGAUUUUCUGAUUCGAUUGGCCAGAAAAUGAUGAGAAAUUCCAUCAGUUAUUUUGUUUUGCACGACAAACGAUUCGAAACCCCAAAAUCCUCAGUUUAGAACAACAAGACAGACAAGCACCCCAAAUCUUCACCUUCAUGACUGCAGCGUGAAACUGAACUGUUCAAUCUGCUAAAUGAUGACUCAGUUUUCUGGACGUAUGGCACCUGCGCUAAUCCGUUGUUUUCAUAGUGUUAUUAGCAGAUAAACAUGUUUAAACCUCAUUUUGUCUUCAGGGAAUUGUAGAAACUUCAUUUUAUGACUCUGUAUUGUACUCAGCAGUUAAGCCUUAAAGUCUGUUUCAGUAUGUAUUAGUGAGUAAAGGUGGAAUAAUAAUCUUUUUUUUUCUAACCUGCACAUGAAACAUAAAGCAAAAGGAAGCAGUAUAUUUCACCUUAUAUCAAUAUUUGUAUAAAUACACACUGGUUUGAUUGGGCCUCACGAAGAGCUUUUGUUGCCAAAUCUUUUUUCAUUUUGUUGAUUAUUUAAGAGGUUUUAACUGAGUUCAUUUUUGCGACAUUGUUGUACGCCUUGUUGCCUCUUUCAGACUUUUGGUUUUGUGCGUUUCCUGUCUUCCUUCGAGUUUGUUUUAGUGAUUUCUCUGGUUAACUCUGUGAGCGUUUCUCUGUCGACCUGACGCGUCUUUUUAGGUUUUAUGGUUUUAUAAAAUUGUAUAAACGGGUGUAAAUUUGUAACUGAAAUGUUUUCUCCUGUUGAAAUGUACAUUUUUUUUUAUUUUAGUAAAAUCAAACGUCAAGCAGA